AUGAUGUUUCAACUACUUUCCAUCAUAGCCACCGUGCUCACCCUAGCCUCAACCGUCAUAUCAACCGGCCUACUAGUGCCACUAUAUGCCUGGCCCGGCAUAGACGCAUGGAAUACAAUCUACGACUCAAUCGCAGCCUAUCCUUCGAUCCCAUUCUACCUAAUCAUCAACCCAUCUACUGGUCCCGGUGACACAGAAUAUCCAGAAGAAGUCUUCAUAACCGCCAUUACGAAGCUAAAUAGCUAUCCCAACACCAAACUACUGGGCUACACCCAUACAAAACAAGGAACACGAGCUAGCUCUGAAGUCGAAAAGGAGAUCGCUACCUACGCCAAAUGGGCCACCUACACAGGGAAGAAUAUCCGUCUCUCCGGAAUCUUCUUCGACGAGGCGCCCAAUGGCGAAGAUCCGAGCAAAUUAGCUUAUUUUCAGAACCUGUCGAUGAAAUCUAAGAGCAGUAGCUUGAACACUGUUAUCUUCAACCCUGGUGUUAAGCUCGUCGCUGAUGCUGAUAAGUGGUUCGCCGCCGCGGACUUUAUUGUCGAGUAUGAGAAUACUUAUGCUAAUUGGGUGGCUCGGUCUCCUGAUGAGAAUUUCUCGACGCCUGAUCACUAUGAACAGAGUGCUGUUAUUUUGAAUCAGACGCCCGAGGAUGCCGAUGUUAGUGAUGUUGUUCGGUUGGCGAAGGAUAUGGGGCUUGGUGCCAUUUAUCUAGCUUCGGAUGAUAAUUAUAUGAGUCUCACUUCGGUGCCUAAGGUUGCUGUUGCUGUUGCGCAAAGUCGGAUUGCGAGGCGCAGGGGGUAUAGUCGGUAUUAG